AUGGAGGCGUUGCGCAAAAGUGUUUCAGAUAAUGAUCAGUUCUCUGAUCUGCUGAAUAUCUAUCAGUUGUCAACUCUUAACACGAACCAAGAUUCAGGGACAAAGAAACGCCUUUACACUCUUGCACCCUCUUGGUCGCGUGUUGAAGCUGGGAGUCGGAUCAGGUUUGUGGCGCACUGGUGGCUGCCAUACGCGAGAGUGACGCCUGAUACUAGAGAGCCGUCAAAUGGUUCUCGUCUCCGUGCUCUUCGCUUCGGUCUAGCAGAGUCAGCGCAAAAAAGCUUAAUUGACUUUGGGGGAGUGGCACCUUCAUCCUUCCACACACUGAGCCCUGGGACUUCCUAUGCAUCUCAGGAAGUAGUUUAUAUUGGAGUGUUGAACACUCGGUGGCGCCAGUACCCUCUGAGGAUGAGGAAGAGGACGACCAACCACAGCCCGGACCUUCCACUUCCUUUUAAGAGAGGCACCAACGAUACCCGAGAGGAGAGUUUUGCCGUCAGCCCCACUCUUCACCACCAUUCUGGGCACCAGCACGUCUCACAGUCAAUCGGCGCCCAAGCUCAAGCAGUAACAAUAAAACACAACGUACAUGUCUUCCAUGGCACAGUGAUGAGCGAGCACUCUGUAAAGACAGGAGAUGUUAGAACAUCGGGACACGAGUCAAUAAAUACACACACAUUACCAUAUUCACCAGGUGUUUUGUUCCCUGCAGCCACGCGUCUCCUCUCCGACCAGUCCUCGCCCCUGGAGUUCUCGGCGCCCCGCUACUGUGCCGCCCUGCCCGAGGACAGCCCCUUGGCGGCCGUGGUAGGCACCCUCACCGCCACACACACGCAUGGCGCUGAGAUCAAGUACAGCAUCACGGGCGGCAACGUUGGGGGCCUCUUCACCAUCGACCAGCGCUCCGGCACCGUUACGCUGGCCGUCGCCCUGGACCACGAGCUCAGUCACCAGCACCAGUUGGAGGUCACGGCGGAGGCAGGAGGAGCUGCAGCCCGCGCCCAGCUGGUGGUGCAGAUCGGGGACGUCAAUGACAACGCCCCUGAGUUCGUACGUCCCGCCCCGCGCAUCACGGUUAUUGAGGAGGAUGACAGGGACUUGCCCGCCACUAUUGCCAGAGUGGAGGUGGUGGACGCGGACAGCAGUGACGCAGUGGGGCUGGCCUUCCGGGUGAGUGGUGACGGCGUGGAUCAGCUUGGUGACGGCGACGCCUUCUUCACCAUCAACGCCAGCACCGGAGACCUCAUCCAGCUCAGAGUGAGUGCGCGGUGAAUGUGUAUGUGAAUGUGUAAGGAACACAAAGGAAGAGCAAGCAGUAGCAGCCUCCUUCAUUAUCAUCAUCAUUUUAAUUAU